AUGGCGAUUCUUAUAUUCAUAUCGCGCGUAUUUGUUUUCGCAACUUAUGUUCGAGUUACGCUUUGCAAAGGUUUUGGAGGUGGUGACGAUGGUUUUUCGGAUGAAACAACAUCUGUCCAACCCAUCGUUGCAGGCAUCUGUGGAGCGAAUGAAUAUUUAUGUGACGUCGUAGUGUGUAUACCAAAUUCUUCGUUCUGUGAUGGAGUCGUGGACUGUGCUGAUGGUACAGACGAAGUGAUAGGAUGCCCGUUUUGCCCACCCGAUAAGUUUACCUGUGAUGACUUCACCUGUAUCGAAGGAAACUAUGUCUGUGACGGAUUCGUUGAUUGUCCUGACAACUCAGACGAGGAAGCUUGUGGAGUUACUUGCUCGAGUUCAGAGUUUACGUGCGAUAACGGAGUUUGUGUGUCUGGUUCUAUGUACUGCGACGACGAUAACGACUGCGGUGAUUGGAGCGAUGAACCACUGGAAUUAUGCGCCGACUGGUAUUGUGACGACGGAGAUGCAAUUGCUACGUAUAAACGUUGUGAUAACGAUUAUGACUGUUUAGACGGGAGUGAUGAGUUGAACUGUGAUCCCACAACAGUUUUGCCAACCACAACGUCAUAUAUCUCAUCAACUGGGGCCGGCGAAACUACUGUUUCUACAACGGCUGACCAAACUGAUACUUCAACCGAAGCCAAUAAUCCAUUUUCGCUUAGUUGGGGAACUACACCUGUUUCUACAAUGGCUGAACAAACUGAUACAACAACCACAGCCAGUAAUCCAUUUUCGCUUAGUUGGGGAACAACACCUGUUUCCACAAUGGCUGAACAAACUGAUACUUCAACCGAAGCCAAUAAUCCAUUUUCGCUUAGUUGGGGAACUACACCUGUUUCUACAAUGGCUGAACAAACUGAUACAACAACCGCAGCCAGUAAUCCAUUUUCGCUUAGUUGGGGAACAACACCUGUUUCUACAAUGGUUGACCAAAUUGAUACUUCAACCAUAGCCAAUAACCCAUUUUCACUUAUUUGGGGAAGUACGACCGUUUCCACAAUGGCUGAUCAAACCACAUUAACCGCUACAGUUUGUUUACCACCAUUGUUGUUCCAAUGCGAUAAUAGUAAAUGCAUUGACUCUGCCGCUGUUUGUGAUUACAACGAUGACUGUGGUGAUAACAGCGAUGAAAGAAAUUGUUUACCGAUAGAAAUUAGCUGCAUUCACAACUGCAACAGAAAUCACACCAACCCGAAAAUAAGACUUCGUGCCAGAGUAAACUGCCUUGAUUGUCCUGACACUGUCCAACCAAGGAUAGAAUGGGGAUUGUUUGAGACAACAGCCGGCAUAACAACAGUGGACUCGUUUGCCAACAUGACCAGUACAGGAAUUACUGGUGAUUAUAUUAUUAUCAAGAAAAACGAGUUAGGAGGCGGUGAAAGAUAUGCAUUGUUUGCAUGGGCGACUCAUUCUGCUUAUACAUUCCCGAAACGUACAUACGACUUUACUGUGAACGAACCUCCCUCUGGUGGGAAUUGUUUUGUUUCACCUGUAGUAGGGGUUGCACUGGCUACACUGUUUCGCGUGGAAUGUAAUAGUAUCGCUGAUGCCGACGGAACUGUUGUUUCUUAUGAAAUAUUUGGACGUCCAAUCGGGACGCAACUGUUAUCAUCAUUGAUAAAAGUCAAUUCGCUUGGUGGCGAUUUAAAUGUGACAGGAAUACAAUUAGCAAUGGGGUUUGCUGAAUACGACUAUGAUGUUAGUGUAAAGACCAGGGUAUAUGACACGUACGGUGCAUACAGUGACUAUAAUGUGCGGAUAAAGGCGACAAACGACACUGUCCAACGAAAGGCACGCCAAGAAGGUGUAAAAAUUUUGGAGCAAAUGCUGUCAUGGAAUGCAGAAUACAGUGACAUAGUAUCCAUAGCCAAUUUAUUGAAUAUGCUAACAGUGGACCCAGAACAACUAACAUUACAUGAAACGAUAUCUUGCUUAAACAAAUUGACGUCCACGAUAAGUGAACUGAAUGUCGAAGACAAUGAAGACAUUGUGGUGAUUGCUGGAGAAAUUACCACAGUAGCCAGUAACAUACUGAGUGGCGUGUCGUUUCGGAACGAUUCAGAGGAUCUCAUACUUCUUGUUAUCGAUUCAUUAGACUCUAUUUCUACCAGCGUGCUCAACACCAGAGUACAAGGGGAAUCGCCAGUUAAGAUAUCGAGUGCGACAGUAACUCUUGUUUUGGAGAGGGCUCACAAAUCUCAGAUUGUCGGUAAAAAGUUUAUAAUUAGGAAUGAUUCACUUAAACUACCCGAUACAGAUACCAUGCUGCCCGAAGGAAUGUAUGAAGAAUUUGUUGAUAUCAAGUUGAAACAUUUUUCUCUCAUGAUAUGGCCAGACUCAGAUAUCACAACAAAUGUUUUAACGUUAGAAUUAUUUGAUUCUGAUGGAAAUGCUAUAGAAGUGAAUAGUUUAGACGAAUAUAUAGAAAUCGUCCUGUAUAAUCCGUCUCAGCCUUCCACGCAACUGAUACCAUCAGAGCUCAAAAUUGAUGAAAUGUUUAUUGGAAGUAUUGAGGUUAAUGAAAUGACCGGCAUUUUGAAUAUCGUAGCGCUGCCUGACUUGAUACAAAAUAACGACAUUUACGAAAUCUACAUACGAAGAGGUAAACGUCCAACAAUAUUGGAUUAUGACGUCAGGGCCACAUUACCGAUGGAAGAAGAAUACGAUGGCGCUGUUGAAGAUGACGUCAGAGCUGAACUAAAAUACACACUGAUGUUAACAAGUGGCGAUGUGGAAGAUUUGGGGCAAUACUUUAUUGGGGUGUUGCCGGUAGAAGAAGCAGGUAAUGUCACUCUCCAAGUAUACGCUACAUCGUGUAUGUAUCGCAAUGGUGGAUCAGACACAUGGCACUCAGAUGGUCUCAUAGUAUCUAAGGAAUCUAAUACCAAAUAUACCAAGUGUUACUCUAACCAUCUGACAUCAUUCGGGGCGGGGUUCAUCACGCCACCAAACACCAUCGACUUCAGUACCGUAUUCAAGAAGUUUGCCACCCUUGGGAGCAACGCUGCGGUAUUUUCCACUGUUAUUAUUGUGUUGGUUGCGUACGCUGUCAUUGUCAUCGUAGUGAGAAGGGCAGAUAAACAGGACAGACACAAGUGGAGUACCCUUCCUCUCAUCGACAACAACCCGAAUCACCACUUUUAUUAUCAAAUAUCUGUCUGCACCGGGAUGGGUAAGGGAUCCGGUACGAGGUCAAAGGUUUUCUUCUUGUUGUCAGGUGACUGUGGUGAUACCAAUGCAAGGCAGUUAGACGAUGGCGAUAGGAAGUUGUUUGAUAGAUCCAGUGAUAUUAACUUCCUCAUGAGUUCAGAACAGUCACUUGGUCCAUUGACGUAUUUACGCGUAUGGCAUGACAACUCAGGCAAAGGAUCCAACGCUUCCUGGUUUUUAGACAAGAUAACCGUAUUGGAUUUGCAGACAGGAAAAAGGUAUUUCUUUAUUUGCGACCGUUGGUUGGCCGUAGAGGAGGGAGACGGCAUGAUAGAUCGACUUCUACCUGUUUGUGGCAAAGACGAAGUUACAAACUUUCGAUAUCUCUUCACCUCAUCAGCAAAGAAGGAUCUUACUGACGGUCAUCUGUGGUUCUCCGUCUUGUCACGACCAUCUAAAAGUUCUUUUAGCCGGGUUCAACGUUUAUCCUGUUGUUUGUCUCUUCUGUUUACAACAAUGAUUGCGAAUUGUAUGUGGUACAAGACUGAAGAUAAUUUACAACUCAGCGUAGGAAUUACAUUAGGUCCAUUUCAUUUCACUUGGCAUGAAUUGUAUGUUGGCGUCAUGGGUGGAUUGGUGGUAUUUCCGGUCAAUCUGAUAAUUGUACAAAUUUUUCGAAGAAGUCGGAAAAAAACAUACAUUGUUAGUCGAAAAAGUCAAAAGAAAGUAACCUUUGUAGAUAAUAGUUACACAAAGAUGGCCGACUCACCUCGUUCCAUAGCCACAUUAUCCGAUAAGAUUUUCCCGGAAAACAACCCAGUCAGCGACAAGGACAGCGGAGUUGGUAGCUUGGCCAGCCUUAAAGGAGAUGAUGCCAAUGGCUAUAACCAAACUAAAGAUCCAUCAAAGUCUGAGAGGAAGAAGAAGUUUCAUCUACCAUACUGGUGCAUAUACAUUGCCUGGAUACUGGUGUUCCUGUCUGUUAUUUCAUCUGCAUUCUUCACCGUGCUCUACAGUCUGGAAUGGGGAAACGAGAAAUCAGUCAUGUGGCUGACAUCGUUCAUAGUGUCGUUUUUAGAGAGUAUUCUGUUCCUGCAACCAGCUAAGGUUAUUUUAAUGGCAGUGAUUAUUGCGAUGAUAUUUAGAAAACCCGACCAAAGUGAAGACGAUGAUGUUCUCGAGGAAACUAACUACCAACCAAAUCGAGUGAGUACUGACCAGCCAUCGAGAGAUACACUAAAUGCGAUAAAAUACCAACCACCGGACAGCUGCAAACUGGAGGCGGCCAGGGAACAGCGACUGAAAGAGCUGAAAAUGUGGGAAAUAUCACGAGAAAUCCUAUUUUAUUUCUUUUUUGUCAUCAUAUUGCUUAUCAUCGCAUAUGGAAACCGUGAUCUGAGAUCGUACGAUUUGCAGAACAAUAUUAGAAAUCUUCUUUUCAAGGGACCAGACUUUGCUAAUAUUCAUUACGGGUUUAAAGAGUUUUGGACGUGGACGCAAUUCACAUUGAUCCCAUCACUGUAUGCUCAUCAUUGGUACAACGGUGACGUGGUAGAUUCUCAGAUGACGUCAUUCAUGGCGGAUAUGUCUAACUAUCGCAUUGGUUCAGCACGGAUACGACAUCUGCGAGUAAGACCAGAUCUCUGUGAAGCACCGUCUCCAAUGAAAGGUGUGUUAUCGAUUUGCGAAGUUGAUUACUCUUGGGAAACAGAAGACAGGGGUUCAUAUGGUGAGAUGUGGUCUGUCAUAAAUUCUACAGACAACGUUGAUGAUCGUGGGGCCUACUGGAGUUAUCUGACCUCGGACAAACUCAACGGUCUCCCCUAUUAUGGACGUGAUACAUUGUAUAGAGGGGGAGGAUAUGUAGCCGAGUUAGGAGAUACUGCCUAUCAUGCAAUGGAUGUGGUACAAUACCUGUUUAAUGCCACAUGGUUGGACCAAUACACACGUGCUGUUUUCGUGGAAGCUUCCCUUUACAAUGCCAACACCAAUCUAUUCAGCAUGGUGACAUUGCUGCUGGAGUACACGUCUGGAGGGGCAGUUAUCGUGAUACCUAAAGUAUAUCCCUUACGUCUUUAUAACUAUAUCGGGACAUUCGCUGUCAUUGUGGUCAUUUGUGAGGUUAUAUUUCUCGUAUUCUUGGUGUAUUUUCUUGUGAAGCUCAUCCAGUCAAUGAAGAAACAAGGAAGACAGUUUAUCAAGAGUUAUUGGAAUAUAUUAGAAGUGAUCAAGUUAGCCCUAUGUAUAACUGGGGUUGUUAUGUAUAUCUAUCGAUUAAUUUUCUGGAACCUAGCGUUGGACGAGUUGCCCUACAAUUCCCAAGGUUCUGGAACAUUCAUAAAUUUUCAGCGUAUUGCAUUGUGGGAUGAAAUAUUUGGAUAUAUCAUUUCCGUUAUAGUCUUUGUAUCUAUUCUGAAGUUUCUUCGUCUUCUUCGAUUUAAUCGCCGCAUGUCACUUCUUGGAUCAACCAUCAAGUACGCCUCCAAGGACUUGAUAUAUUUCGCAGUUGUGUUCUUCGUCAUUUUCUUUACCUACGGUCAAUUUGGAUAUCUAGUCUUCGGCAGAUCUGUCUACAAGUACUCUGAUUUCACGCUCGCAGUUGAAACUCUCUUCACCAUGAUGCUAGGCAGGUUUGGAUACAAUGAAAUUAAAGAAGCGCACGAGAUCUUUGGACGGUUUUUCUUUUUUACCUUUAUGCUGUUGAUCUACAUGGUUCUGUUCAAUGUAUUUGUUACGGUGCUUGUGUCCGCUUACGAAGCCGUCAAACACGAUAAUGACAAACAAGCGAACGAGUAUGAAAUGGUGGACUUUAUGUGGAAGCGAUUUCGAGCUUUUAUAGGAGUGGGUGUGACUGUCAACCAUAAACUGCUUGAAGAAAGCGUGACGUCAUCGUCAAAUAGCUCACAGACUGUCGUAAGUGAAGAUCUGUGUGAUCUGGAUGCCUUGAGCCAGCGACUGGAUUUGAUAUCAAAACGAAUAGAUUCAUUAGAAAUAAUACCGGGCAAUGUGUACCCAAGUACUUGCCGAAAAUUGGAUGAAAUCAUGGUUCACGUUUAUUCAAGGAGUAUGGUGGAGGUUAGAAAAACAUAA